UCUACAUCUGACUCAGCUCAGCUUUCUUUUGCCAUCCACCCUCCUCUUCAUCCGAUCUUCAGAGCCUCAGUCCGUCUCACCAUGUCCGAGCAGCCCACCCAAAAUCAUUGGGAAGGGGCCUACAUGUCCCUGAUGCAAGGCUUGAGAGACCUGGACAUCUGUGGCCCCUGUGUUCCCAGUGUCCUGGUUCUAACUGGAGACCAUGCCUUUCCUUUAGCAAUGAACAGUCAGGGCCAGGUCCUGAUGGCUGCUUCUCUGUAUGGCCGUGGGAGGAUUGUGGUCCUGGGUCAUGAGGGCUACUUGACCGCCUUUCCUGAUCUGGUAGAGAACGCUCUGACCUGGCUGAGAGGAGAUGGAUCUGAGAACCUGUCUGUUGGAGUCUACAAACACCUUGAGGGAGUUGCACAUAACCUCAGCAAGUCCAUCUUUGAAACCACAGUUGUGGGGGCCUUUAGUGACAAACUGGGGGUUGGUGUGUAUGUGACAGAUGCCUACAGCGUAGAUACAGAAGCGGAAGACCUGGUAGCAUUUCUUAAAGCUGGAGGAGGAGUGCUGAUUGGGGGGCAGGCAUGGCACUGGGCUUCAACUCAUCCUAAGGAGAACACACUGCUUCAGUUUGCAGGGAAUAAGGUCUCUGGUGUGGCAGGGAUCUACUUCUCUGAGCGUUAUGGUGAGGUGGAAUGCCUGGCGGUCCCUCCUCAGAUCCCAUCUUCCUGCAUGGCUGUAGGGAUUGGCACGGAUUUUGAGGAUGACCUAGAGUUCUUACUCCAGGGGGUGUCAGAGUUUGUCCUCAAGAAUGGGGUAAUAGCCUCAGAGGUCCUAGUCCACGGUCCACUAGCCUUCCCCAUUGGCACCACCAAGGAUGAAAGAGCAUUCUUGGCAGGAAGCUACUAUGGGCAGGGACGAGUCAUUGUGAUCACACAUGAAGGACUUCUGAGUCGGAAGACACUGGCUCCAUUUUGGAAUAAUGCCCUUCGCUGGUUGGACAAUGGCCGGAAUGGGGUAGUUGGUGUGAUUCCAGAUCUCGGCCAUGCCUUAAACCUCUACAGCAAGUCAGAGUUUAACUGUGAGAGGACAAACUUCAGAAAAGAUCUGAGUGUGUUUGUGUGUACGGCAUACAAUGAUCGUCAUGCAGAGGAAAUCCAAGAGUUUGUAGCAGAGGGAGGAGGCCUGCUGAUCGGUGGACAUGCCUGGAGCUGGGCACAGACACACCCUGGACGAAACACAAUGACAGAUUUCGAAGGAAACAAGAUCCUGAACAAAAUGGGCUUGAGCGUGCUGGGGAGGAUGAUCGGGGAAGGUUCCUACAAGGCACCUGAACCUAGCCAGGCUGUCAAAGACACCUACCACUUCCGUCACCUUCUACACCGCUUUGCUGAUCAUGUGACCCAGGGGAAGGAACUUACAGAGCAAGAGGAGAAAUGCCUUAAAAGACUUGGUGGGGACUGUGGCAGGUACUUGCACAUGAAGGCUCAUGACUGCUCCUCCUAUACACAAGUCGUGUCCUCCCUCACUGAGAUCUUAAAGACGACGGGCAUGCCACAGGUGUGUGAGAAAUGCCCUGUGGAGAGUCCCAAAGACCACCUGCUCCUCAGUGUAGGGGCGGGGGUAUAUAAGGUUUCCCCAGAUCCCGAUGCCCUCCUGCCCUACCUCAUCAAGGAUAAUCCCUUGAUGCCAGUUGUCUACAACCACAGACUCAAGAUUGAUAUUGAGACAGCAGGAGGGGAAGUGUGGAUCAGCACAGGUCUCUACCUCUCGCCUGGUAUGAGGACCUACAUGGCCGUGCCUGAAGAGAUCGUCAACAAGGGGUGGAUGGUCCAGAUAGGCUGUCAAACAGACCACCUGAAUGCUGGAGUCUUGAAGAGAGCACCACGUGUUCAUGAUCGAUUUUCUGUAACCUCAGGGAUGAUGCAGGUGUGGAACCUCUGGGGGGGACUCAUCUACCUGAUAGCUCCACCCAAAACACAAGUGGAGGGGGUAGAGGUCAUCGUGCAGAUGGCUGUACCUGCGCCAUAUUAUAAAUCCGGUGUGACAACAGCUGCUGAUUGGUCACUGCUGCGCACAGCUCCUGCACCCUGGGCAGAGUUGGAGUUUGAAAACAUCGUCCUUACUGUACCAUCAGAUGCUGUUCGGAGCCUAGAUCGCCCUGAUAAGUUGGCAGCAUUCUGGGAUGAAAUCAUGAGGGCCAUCGCUGACCUGGCUGUCGUACCACACAAAUUUCGUCGCAAGGAACGUUUCGUAACUGAUGUGCAGAUUGCCUAUGGUUGGAUGCAUGCAGGUUAUCCUAUCAUGGCACACAAACCCGUAGCAAAGGAACUGGUCAACAUUGACUGUGCUAAGAGAGGCAUGUGGGGGCCCAUCCAUGAACUGGGACACAACCAACAGAGAGGCUGCUGGGAAUUCUCACCACACACCACUGAGUGUACAUGCAACCUGUGGUCAGUGUACGUGCAUGAGGAGGUACUGGGAAUCAACAGGGCAAAGGCUCAUCCAAAUAUGACUGUAGCAAAUCGAAACAAGCGAGCAGAGAAGUAUGCUAAGACAGGGAAAAAAAUUAGCGACUGGAGCAUGUGGGUGGCCUUGGAGACAUACAUGCAGCUCCAGGAAAAGUUUGGCUGGGAUGCCUUCAAGAAGGUGUUUGCUGCCUACCACAAGAUGAGCAGCUUUCCGAAGAACAACAAAGGGAAGAUGAACCUGUACGCUGAGACUUUCUCCCAGGCUGUGGGGAUGAACCUGUGUGGAUUCUUUAAGUCCUGGGGCUGGAACAUUGAAACAGCCACUGAGGAGAAACUCUCCGACCUGCCUCCCUGGAGCGACCACCCCAUGGUCCAGUAUGACUGAACUACUUCAGAUUGCUGCAAGUCCCGAAAGCUGAUUUUUUUUUUUUUUUAAUUUUGUGCGCACAAGAUAAUGACGUUGAACAAAUAAGUUAUCAUCUUAUGUGCAUAAGAUAAUAGUAGUACCAUGGGACUUUAGGGGCUCUUUAUUCCAGACACUGAGUAGUUAAUGGGUGGUUGAUUUAACUGACUUUGUUUUCUUUUGUUGCUGAUGUUGUAUUUUUUGCCAUUUUUUUAGUUUCAAAAAGAAACCGGAGAGACAUAGUUGACCAUACAGCUUUUAAAGUGUGCAGGAUUUAGGGGUAUAUAUUGGCAGAAAUGGAUCAUAAUAUUCAUUCUAACCGCUUCAUCCUCUUGAGGGUCGCGGGGGGGCUGGAGCCUAUCCCAGCUACAUCGGGCGAGAGGCAGGGUACACCCUGGACAGGUCGCCAGACUAUCGCAGGGCUGACACAUAGAGACAGACAACCAUUCACGCUCACAUUCACACCUAUGGACAAUUUAGAGUUACCAAUUAACCUAGUCCCCAAUCUGCAUGUCUUUGGACUGUGGGAGGAAGCCGGAGUGCCCGGAGAGAACCCACACUGACACGGGGAGAACAUGCAAACUCCGCACAGAAGGGCUCCCACGCCCGGGAUCGAACCGGCAACCCUCUUGCUGUGAGGCGAGAGUGCUAACCACCACACCACCGUGCCGCCCGAUCAUAAUAUUUAUAAUUAUUUUUUCUUUUGUGUAAAAUCACCUAAAACUGAGAAUCCUUACGUUUUUUGCCGUGUCUUUUCUAUAGUAGCCCAAAACAGACAAUCAACACUGUGCACUGAAGGGAAUGUGUACGUUGCAGAAACAGGACUUCACAACAAUGGACAUGUUUGACUAAUGGGACUUUGUAAUUUUGGGCAUGGUACCGCUGUUCACUAGGUGCACACAACGUGUAUGUGCAUGUAAAACAAAAACCCAGAGGCCAUUUAUCAGACACAAUAUUUAACAGGUUUAAACUGAAACUGUACACUCGCUCUGUUCAAUCAUGCAAAAUUUGUCUCUGUGCUGCUGUCGACAGACGUUGCACAAGCUAUUUGCGUGCAGCAACAUGUUUGGAAGAUGUUUAAGGUAGCAUCUUCCAGGUUAAAGGUGAAUCUUGGGCUUCCUGUUCGGGUCAUAUCAACUCUCAUGCUUUUACAGAUGUGUGGAUGAUUCAUGUGAGGGUAAGAUGGUAAUUUCUUUUCCACAUUUAUGGUAAGUGACUCAGGCUGUGUUUAUAAGAUGAAUAAUAUGUUUAUUUGUUUAUGUUGAUAUUUGCCUUUACUUUCUCUGGAAAAGAUUCCAAUAAACAUUCCCUUCACCCUU